GGGACGUUUCCACACUCGCCGCUCAUCGCACGCAGCACGUUGCAAGCGCGCUCGUCUCUGACCAGUUUUUCUCUGCGUCACGAUUCAUCUAAGAGCCCCGCACACGACGCAAUCCGUUCGCCGAGCAGGCGAAGCUUUGAGCCAUGAGCUCGCUAAGCGCCAGCUAUGUCCAGCACAUCGGGUCGAGCCACAGCCAGCGUCAGCGCAGGAGAUGCCUCGUCAAUGGCUCGUACGCCGCGGGUGACGGGUGUCCCUCCCUGCGGGGGCCCCGCACCCCGGUCGCCUUCGUGCCCCACGGAGGGACCUCCCGGGCGCGCUCGUGGGGGUGCCCUCCGGCCCCACCACCGGAGAUCGACCGCGGGGUGCUGCCCGUGCGCUUCCAGGAGAAGGAGCAGAUGAAGACGCUCAACGACCGCUUCGUCAGCUUCAUCGAGAAGGUGGGCAUCCUGGAGCAGCAGAACAAAGUGCUGAGGGUGCAGUGGCUGCUCCUGCAGGAUCGUGGAGCCAGGGGCUCCAAGGUUGAGGCGAGCGUGUUCUUCCAGAGCCAGAUCCACGGUCUCCAGCGGCAGCUCGACACUCUGGAGCGCGACAAGCAGCGGCGGCAGGGAGAGCUGCGGCUCGCGCAGGGCCUCGUCGAGGACUUCAAGAACAAGUACGAGGAAGACAUAUCGAUCCGCAACAAGGCAGAGAACGAGUUUGUUGCGGUGAAACAGGAUUUCGACGACUCUUGCUUAGUGAAAGCUGAGCUGGAGGCUAGACUGGAAGGACUGAAAGAUGAGAUCAACUUUCUCAGAGGAAUUUUUGAAAAGGAGCUGCGUGACCUGGAGCCGCAAAUCAAGGACACCUUGGUGUCUGCGGGGCUGGACACCAGCCGCAGCAUUGACCUGCAAGGGAUGAUCUCCGAUGUCCGCGCUCAGUACGAAUUGAUCGCUGCCAAGAGCCAGGCCGAAGCCAAUGAAUUCUACAGAAAGAAGUACGACGUUCUCAGCCUCUCGGCCGAUCCUACCGACCAGGAGAUCCGCAGCAACAGGAAUGAAAUAAACAAUCUGCACGAUCAGAUCCAGCGCGUGAGAGGUGAAAGCAACGCUCUGAAGAAGCAGCGCGCCAGCCUGCAGGCUGCCAUCGCAGGGGCCGUGGAUCGAGGCGGGCUCAGCGUCCGCGUGGCGAAGGAGAGAAUCGCCCGCCUUGAGGAGGAGCUGCACAAGGACAAGCGGCAGAUGGUGCAGCGCGUGCGCGAGUACCAGGAGCUCAUGAACGUCAAGCUGGCUCUGGACAUCGAGAUCGCCACCUACCGCAGGCUGCUUGAGGGAGAGGAGUCCAGACUCGGGUGUGUGAAAUCGCAGAAGCAGCAUUUCAGCCUCGGCUUUGGGAGUGACCUUGUCAACAAAGGUCACCGUGGCAGUUUCCAGGCCACGACGAAUUUCGACAAGGUGAUUAACUUGUACAAGCCUCCCAAGAAAACAGUGGAGAUCAGAACCACCGAGACCAGGAAUGGUCGAAUUCUUUCUGCAAGUUCAGAGUUCAUCCAUUAGGUUAUUGACUUUCCAGGGGACGCUGCUGUUGUGUGACAGUUAGCAAACUUGACUUACAAUUCUGAGGUCGACAAUUCGUUCUCCCGGCGCUGAAGUUGAUGAAAAAAAAUUGCCAAAUUUAGUGGAACCUCUGUCCACCCAGCAGUAAAAAUGGGUUCACCACAGUCAGAAUGAGAAUCUGAAUCUUUAUUUAUCCUCGAGAAAUCCGAUAAGCUAUGAAGCUCUUUUUCACAAAUGUCCAGUCAGAAAGCUACAACAACAAACAAUACACGAAACGAUCGGCUUGCAAAGUAAAUCACAAAAAAAUAAACAAGUAAAAUAGAUCAAGUAUUUCGAUUUAAAGCUUUCGUGACUGCAGGGAUUCAUCUUCUUGGUUCUUUCGGUAAAGUUAGGUAGAAGGGAAGUAAUAAAAUAAUAAAAAUAAAACAAUACAAUAAUUCUCACGACGUUUCGGCCACAACGCAAGCAGCCGUCCUCAGGUGAAGACCAGGUCUGUCGGAGAGACAGCUGUCUCCCUUCUACGUGACUUUACCGAAUGAACCAAGAAGAUAGAUCAAGUAUAUGAAGUUCAAAUUGCCGAUGUGCACCAAUUCCCAAGGUUGUGAAAGGCAGCAAAACAACAGCAACAACAGUCCCAGAGCGAACCAAGACAACACACACAGUCCUUCAAUGAGUCGAUCGGUCGGUCGCGUGUGCUGGGGGUGAAGUGUGGGUACUGCCACCUCUUCCAAGACAUGUGGCCAGCUUGGAAGAAUGGGGCGAAUACCUUCGAAUUGAUCACGGCUCUUGAAAACUCCAUUUUUUGUGGAAACCCUUCUGACAGCAGUUGUUGCGAGCAAGCAAUUGCAGGGCUGCCCCUUUAUGUUUAAUAACAUCCUCAUAUCGAUGGAGAGUGAGCGAUAUAAUGCAACGCAUUAUCUCGGCAAGCGUGUUCUUGCAACGCAACUGAUGUAAAUGUUUCAGUGAAGUGUGUUUUUACAAGUGAAGUACAAUCUACGGUAUCGUUUUGUGGUGUACAUAUAUUUACUUUGUCUCGGGUGAAUGUAAUGUAUUCUCAUUAUAUUAGGACAAUUCCUAUUUACAUGUGUUUAUCUUUUCAGUCAAUCGUGUGCCUAUCUGCAUUUGGAAGUCGAAACGCUUGCAAUAUAAAGUUGAAGUUAAAACGACGGUGCGCUUCCAAUGUGCUUUUUUGUUUGUUACAUCUAAACAUUGCCAAAAUUGAUCAGCUGUGAGACGAGACGAGUGCAAGACCGGCAGACUUUCACAAGACAACUCGAGAGGCAUCGCAAAGCCUUCGGGUUAUUGUGACAUUUGUUACGAUUAUGCUGGGCCGGUGAUGAGCGUGUAACGAGCGUGCAAUGAUGACCACCACAGU